UAUAUUUACAUAUAUUAUGUGUAGUUUUAUACUUCGUUCAAACAUUUGAUCUCGACCAGUGGCUACAUCACUCUUAUAAAACAGGUUAAGCUUAGUGUGCAAGCGAACUUCGUCUUGUGCGAACAAAGUUAUUUCGAAUUAAAAAUCACUCGUUUUAUUUAUUCUCGUAUUUAUUUUAAUUUUAGAAAUGUUACUACCAAAACUUUUAAUUUGUGUAUCAUUUAUAUACGGCUGUGAUUCAUAUGCAAGUCGAUGCAGUGGUGAGUGUACGUUAUUUCGCUCCUGUCCCGAAGCCAUUCGUUUUGCCGCAAAUAGCGAAGCAAAUAAUGAAAAAUUAAAAUCAUCGAUUUGCGGCACCGAAUUGAUCGAAGGAAAACGAUUGCCGAAGGUUUGCUGCUCUGAAUUUAGAGUGACUGACGAUCGAUCAGGGUUCUUCGGUGAUAACCCCGAAAGCGCCGGUGAAGACUCUAUUGAAUCACAUGCCAACAUAAAACUUCUUCCAACACAAUGUGGUCAAAUCGACGGUGACCGUAUCUUCGGUGGAGUGAUCGCUAAUCUGUGGGAGUUUCCAUGGAUGGUACUAAUAUCUCACCGAACCCGUGCUGCACCAGGUAAAGACAACCUUGAAUUCAAGUGCGGUGGAAGUAUAAUUAACUCUCGAUAUGUUAUGACCGCUGCCCAUUGCGUGGUAAACAAGAAGUUAGCUGGUGUUCGUGUUGGCGAGUUCGACAUCAACUCCAAAGAAGACUGUCAGGGAGAAUAUCCGAAAAUCUAUUGUGAGAGACACAUUCAGGAUAUAUCUAUCGAGGAAAGUAUUCCCCACCAAGGUUACCAACGUUCGCCGGUGGAUAACGACAUCGCUCUACUUCGUCUGAAGAAACCAAUAGAUUUUUCACAUAAAAAUGUCGCACCGAUAUGCCUGCCAGUGAACAGAGAACUUCGUAACGUCGUUCUCGGGGGUAAAUCAGCAACGGUCGCAGGCUGGGGCACAACUGACACCGGCUAUCAAUCUUCUGUCCUCCGGAAGGUCACAAUACCAAUUCUAACGGCCGAUGCUUGCCGUGACAUCUACAAUAAAAACUCGGCCAGUAGCGAUACGACACUUAAAAAGAUUUGUGCUGGCGAAUUAAAGAAGGACUCGUGCAGUGGUGAUUCUGGUGGACCUCUUAUGUUAGAAAAUGAAAUUGAGGGCAAAUUCAGAAUGAUUCAGUAUGGCGUCGUGUCUUACGGUCCAAAGCAAUGCGGCUCUUUAUUCCCAGGAGUAUAUACUGACGUCACCAGCUACAUCGAAUGGAUAUUGGAUACCAUUAAACCUUAAUUCAUAAUUACAAUCAUGUCAAAAAAUUAUUAACUACUAAAUAAACGGGUUUACAUACUUUUA